UUCUGGGAGUCUGACCUCACUGCUACUCGCCGCCACCGCCAUGGGAGCCGUCACCGACGAUGAAGUUAUCCGCAAAAGACUUUUGAUUGAUGGAGAUGGUGCCGGAGACGACCGAAGAAUUAACUUAUUGGUAAAGAGUUUUCUGAAAUGGUGCAACUCGGGUUCCCAAGAAGAAGGCCAGUACCAACGCAUGCUGAGCUCCUUGUCUCAAUGUGAAUUUUCCAUGGGAAAAACACUUCUAGUGCAUGAUAUGAAUCUGCGGGAAAUGGAAAACUAUGAAAAAAUAUAUGUUGAUAUAGAGAGUAGUAUUGCUGCAGCACAUGAGAAAAUUGCAGAAUGCAAAAAACAGAUCUUGCAAGCCAAGCGAAUCCGAAAGAAUCGCCAAGAAUAUGAUGCAUUGGCCAAAGUUAUUCAGCAACAUCCAGACAGGCACGAAACCCUAAAGCAGCUGGAAGCUUUAGAUAAAGAACUGAAACAGCUGUCGCACACAAAAGAAAAUGUGGAAGACAAGCUGGAAUUACGGAGGAAGCAGUUCCACGUUCUUCUCAGUACCAUUCAUGAGCUGCAACAGACCCUGGAAAAUGAUGACAAACUUGCUGAAGAAUCUCAAGAGUCACCGAUGGAAACUCAAAAUCCAUAGAUGGGAUCUUGUGGCCAUAGUUCUGCCUCCUUAGCUGGAUAUAGGAGGCAUGUAGGGGUGAUUAUGGGUAUGAUACAUCAUUGCACUGAGAUACCUGUGGAACAGCUUUAUGUGCAGCAAUUUUCUGACCUGGAAACACUUGCUAAAAAGCAUCAAGAAUUGUUUGUUUAAUUAUUGUAGAUGAGAUGCUGUUGUGUCAGUAUACAUUUAAAGCAUUUUUUGCAAUAAAACCUUUUUUAAACAUUAAA